AAUAACGGUGGCAGCAGCAAUACCGCGGCUCUGUCAUUAGCCAACACAGGUUUCAGAUACAUUGCUCACAGACGGCCCGCAGCAGCCUCUCACCUCCACAGAACUGCCCACAGCGUAACCAUGAAAUUCAUGAACUAUCUGUUUCACCAACAUAGCUAGGCGCCCAGCUGCGGGCGCGACGGAACGCGCACGUCGCGAUGGCCGGCUCGUGUGAAAGGUGGCAACGAACUGUCAACCCGUUUACCGACAGUUGCCAGCGACCAACCACGGCGCGCCUUCUCGGCCCAAUCCCCGCCUGUCCGCUCGUCAUUAUCCUUCAUGUCUGGCGGCCAGAACGGUGUUUCCGCGGCCGUGCGCUCGUUCCGGGAGAGGCGUAGCGCCCUCGGGCAGCAUGGAUCUCACUACGGCCCUCGGAACUGAACGACGCGGACGGGAUGCCAUGCGCGGCCAACAUGGUUCGUCCAUUCAUGCGCCGUGACUAAUGCCACUAACCGCACUACGCUGCACUGCCAGGAGCUGAUCUCGCCACCUUGGCCUGAUCGCAGGCGGGCCAUGACACCGCGCGGCAGUCGGGCUCGGGAGAGGCUGCAUGAAAUCUUAGGAUAUGGGGACAUCCGCCCCGUGGAUCGAAGCAGCAGCCACCAGGCCGUCGUGGCAGCCCCCGGACGUUCGGACAUGCGCCAAGCAGCCGGGAAGUGACGCAGCCCGAAGCAACGACCAAACUCGGCUAGCUUCACGUCUGCUACCGCUGAGAUGUCUGGAGUAGAAAUACCAGGGAGCGUGUGCGUCCUCUGUCCCUCCCCACCACCCUCCUUCUCGGCAUCACGUGUGCCUAGCAUCGCCUUCAAGUGUCCUUGUCCUAGGCUUUCGAAGCGGUGUUCCUUCCUUUGACUCGUACAUACUUAAAGGCAUCCUCCAGUCCAACUCGGCCUCGCCACCGCCCCAGCCGCCACUCCAAUCCUUCGUCCCUCUCUCUAAUCUCUUGUAUACUAAGUAUCUGCACCGCAAUGUCCACCGUCAAGGGCCUCGACAUCUUCUUUGAAGACACCACGGGCGACAUCGCCCACUCAGACUUUGUUGACUACUACAACCGGAUGUCGUUCCAGGUCCGCCUCCAACAACGCCAGAGCGAUCGCGUGACCUAUGCCGUCUGCGACACCAUGACCACCGCUGGCCGGCUCGCCUUUGGGCCCACUCUCUCUACACUCGUGUUUGGCGCGAACAACGCCCUGGGCACCGUCCAGUACCACCAUAAGCAGGAAGUGAGCAUGGAGCAAUAUCUCUCCAGGGUAUCUGGCUCCUUGUGUCGCAAGUUCAAGGGAUCGGACGGACGGGUCUAUACCUGGACGUUCGUAAGCACUUCCGAAUGCGAGGAGUGGGCGUGCACUGCCAACGGUGCUGAGGUCGCGGCCUACGACACCGAAAACCAAGCGACCAGGAAUCCUCAGGAUUCAAACCGUAGGGGCUCUGGAAAGCAGCUAUGGAUCAGCGAGAACUUCCAGCAGCUCGCUGGCGAGCUCAUCAUUACUCUGAUCAUCAUGCGCCACAUCCGCAAGUACGGUUUGUGAUUGCUCUCGCUUCCACUGUCUCCUUUAGCAUGCUAAGCAUACGGGCUCUCGGAUAAUCCCGCCACUCUCCCUACCCUAACCAUACCUAAUCCUCCCCCCUGCCGUGCUGUGCGUCUGGCGUUGUAUUUAUCUACUAAUGUGUACGUCAUCCUUACCCGAUAGCUGUACAUUUCUUUUUCCCUUGUACUUGUUACGUCUUCCGGCCAGCUCGUAGGACGCGCUCUCUAGCCUAGUAUCUCCGCUAAUCAGAUCUUGUCUCGCGU